AAAUCACUUUGCGACAACAACUUCUGUGUUUUUUUCUUCCACGACAAAAAAUAUGAAUAAUAAUUUUAAACAAGAACAGUGGCUAAUAGAUGACCUUUCACCUUUAGUUAGCUAGCAUUGAGGCAGCAGUCAUGGACGGAAGAAGACACGACCCACCUUCGUGCAGGAGAGCAGGCCGAACGAAAGAGUGAGAAGCAGGGGAAAUCGACAUACCGGGCCUCUAAACAGUUGCGAUGGUGCUCAGAUGGUCCAUUGCCUCAAAGGCAAGGCUUUAGGGGUGCAGCAGUGCGGCCCUGGCCCGGCCGGACGGCACCAUGCAUCAAAAAGGAGCCAUCCAGAUUAUUGAGUGGGAGGACCUGGACAAGAGGAAGUUCUACUCCCUGGGCGUGCUCAUGACCUUGACCACACGGGCCACCGUGUACCCGGCCAGCCUCAUCCGCACCCGCCUGCAAGUGCAGAAGGGAAAGACGCUGUACUCAGGAACGGUGGACGCCUUCUGCAAGAUUCUGCGAGCGGAGGGCGUGCAGGGCCUCUACCGUGGUUUCAUGGUCAACACAUUCACACUGCUCUCAGGCCAGGCGUACAUCACCACCUAUGAGCUGGUGCGCAAGUACGUGUCCCAGUAUUCGACCAGCAACACGCUCAAGUCGGUGGUGGCCGGGGGGGCGGCGUCCCUGGUGGCGCAGACCAUCACAGUACCAAUAGACGUGGUGUCGCAGCACCUGAUGAUGCAAGGCCAGAGCGAACACUUGACUCGCUUCAAGCCCAAACCCAAAAUGAUGCUGGCGAAUACAAAACGCAGAUUGACCUUUGGGCAAACCAGGGAGAUUUCAGUGCAGAUCUUUGCAGCGGACGGCUUGAGGGGCUUCUACAGGGGUUAUUUGGCGUCACUCCUCACCUACAUCCCAAACAGUGCCCUCUGGUGGCCUUUUUAUCACUUUUACGCAGAGAAGCUAUCCCUGAUUGCACCCAGCGAGUGCCCCCAUCUCAUUUUGCAGGGGUUGGCCGGUCCGAUGGCUGCUGCCACUGCCUCCACCAUCACCAACCCCAUGGACGUUGUCCGAGCGAGGGUGCAGUUGGAGGGCCGCUCGUCAGUAGUGGAGACCUUCAAGCAGCUGCUGGCGGAGGAGGGCGUGAGGGCCAUGACCAAAGGACUGUCAGCCCGCAUUAUCUCCUCCACGCCCACUUCGGUGCUCAUCGUGGUGGGCUACGAGACCCUCAAGAGGCUGAGCCUGCGAGCCGACCUGGUCGAGUCCAGACAUUGGUGAGGAAGAAGAGGAGCCUCACGCCACAUUUUACCUCAUUGCAGCAUUGCCAUGUCACCACUGCCAAAAAUGUACAAACUUUAUUUUUCAACGUCACCCAGAAAAUGAAAGUUUCUCUUUUAAAGGACUGUAGCUUAACUAAAAGCUGCUGUAUAUUUUGUGUGACUCACACUCAGAACUCACCUUUUAUACGCCAGAACCUCCAUGUGGAUCACAUGAUCAUAGUUUUUGUUUUGUGACAAAAAUCUGCCUCGAGAGAGCACAGCAGAUGUCUGAGUGCAUUCCAGUGAUCACACUUGACAAAGUGUUCUAAUUUAAAGAGAGGAUGACAAAUAACAGGCAGUGACUGAUGAAUGUUUCAGGACACUUAUCGGUAAAUGGCAAAAUCACUGUUUUAGUUACUAUGAACUUUUUCCUUUUUAUACUGUCACAUUUUGCUUGUGUGUAAUUUUGACUACAACACAAAGCAUCAACAAGCCAAACAAUCAAGGAUAACAUGCACACCAGCACAAAAAAGUCAACAUAAACUGCCUUCCAUUAUAAGUACAAGGACGUAUUUGUUUGGAAAAACUGGAAAUGUUUCUUGAACAAACCAGCACUUGAGGAGCGUGGUUGGAUGGAUGGACUGUUGUUGAACGACACACAUACAGUAUCUACCCACUAUCUAGUGUGCUUUGUGCGUUUCUGGGAAUUUUUGCUGUAACAGUGGGUGCUUGUGGGUCAAUGAAAUUAUUAAAACAAACAGUAAAAGAAAAUCCAGUGAGAUGUACAGUGAAAAUACAGGUCCUAACGAAGCCUAUUAAACACUGGGCAAAAUCAAAAUCCGCUCCAAUCAAACAAAAUAGAGUAUAAUAAAAAAACAAAUUUUAAUGUACUGUCAUAAGCCAGUGUGAAAUCUUUCAAGACAAUGACAAGUUCCCCCCACCCCCACCCCGCAACUAAGAGUGGUUUGUCCCGGAUCACAUGGGACAGUCAUAGAUGUGGAUGGUGCGAUCGUCGCCAGCCGAGAUGAUCUUUGAGCCAUUGCUGUUGUACUUGACGCUCCACACCUGAAGAAAUACCAAUAAAAACAUAUUUAUUGCACAAUUGUAUUUAAUAUAUUAAAACACAUACAGUAUACUGUGUAUAUAUACUGUAUGUAAGGAAAAAAAGCUGAGCUGGCAAAAGUGACAAAACAAGGCCAAACAAAUAGUAAACGCUUAAAAAAAACAAACAAAAAAAAACGUCACGACAAUGCAAGGUCUCACCUGGUCUUGGUGGUCAAAAAAGGUAUUUACGCACGCUCUGGAGCUGGCGUCCCAAACCUUCACGCUCUUGUCUGAGGAGCUGAGGGCGGCAUGAGAAGAGAUGUAGGAACAUGGACGGGAAAGUAGACAAGAGAAAGGGAAUAGUAGGUAGAUAGCACCUGCUAGGUUUAGCUUGUUCUAUUUAGUUUGAUAUAGAAACCUGGACUUUGAUCAAAUCUUUUAAAAUGAGCAAGCAGGUAUUCUUCCUGGGACGCUAGAGAUAGUGAAAAUAUUACAACUUGAGAAAAAAACAGAAAUUUGAAGAAGAAAUACAUCCUUUUGCAAAGAAAGAAGCAUAAAGUUGAAAUUAAAAACAAUACUUAUGAGAGUAAAAUACUUCAUAUUCUUCAUGCAAAAAAUAAAUAUAAAGUUAUAGAAACAUUUUAAAGAAUUUAUUCUAUUGUGAAUAAAUCGUCCCAUCAUUAAUCUCAAAUAACUGAAUUCUAUUUAUCCAUUUGCACUCUUUUAAAUAAGUCUUUAUACAAUAAAAAUAGGUUCUGUACAAUUAUUUCAGAUUUUAUUUCACCUUUAAGUCUGCCGAUUGAGUGUUUAGUCACAGAAAUCACAUAGUAAUUAAAAUUACAAUGAAUUAGGAACUCUCUAUAUGGCAGGUCUCAAAAGGAGAGACUUUUCUCCGGUACGGUCGUCCCUCGUUUAUCGUUGUUAAUUGGUGCCAGACCUGACCGCGAUAAGUGAAGUUCCGCAAAGUAGGAUUCAAUUUUAAUAAAUGGAAUAUUUUCAUAGUAGAGCAUAGAAAACCUGUUUAAAUAUGGCUUUACCAUUAUUACAAACCUCUAGACCUGGGGCCGCAGCCCAAUACCAGGAAGCUUUCAAGUGCAAUGAUAAAUAAAACAAAUAGACUUGUAAAUAACUACAUCUAAUUUUAUAUAUCAAUUUCAGAAAUAAGGGCCAUUAUUUUAUUUAAAAAAUAAUAUACAAUUACAAAUCCCAUAGUUUUGGCAGUUUUAUGUUGUUUGUUGAAAACGGCGACCCAUCCCACUUUGUUCGACGGUCCCUGAAAGCACCAACGUGAGUGUGCUAACUUUCUCUCAUGCCGCACAGAUAGACUACUAUACUGUAUUUUUACCGUUUUUCUUUCACCUCAUAUUUGGUCUCAAAUGCUGAUACUAUGUGGGAAUGCAUACUGGGAAGUUUUGAUGACCUUAUUGAGUGCUAAUCUGCACAUUUGUCUCAAGUUAAUUCAUGCUAUCACACUGCCUUUUACCACACAUGUCAAACAGCCAUGUAAUCAUCUCUCUGAAAAAGAAACUCCAGUCUUGUACUGGUGGAUGGUGGGUCUGCAUUCAUUUUGUGCUUUUAAUUUGAUAUUGUUCAUGUCUUAGUUUUACACAAUACGUAAUAAAUAAGAUAAAUUAGAUCGCUAUAAUGUACGAACUCUCCGCGGGAGAUUAGUGGGAACACAAGCUGGUCUGUGGGUCAAAAAAGGUUGGGGACCACUGCUCUAUAUAUAAAAUAACACCCCUAUAGUCACUUUUAUACUUGUGUUACCCAAUACAGUAGACAUAAUAGAAAAUAAGCCAUCUUAGACUUAAAUAAGGUAAGAUAGCAUUGACAGUCUACUUACUGGUGGAUAUUGUCUCAUGAAUGUAACAUUACUGACACCUAGAGAUGAGUGUAGAAUACUUCUCUCCUGCCGCUGUUUAUGGUUAAGGAGGGACUCAUAAUGCACUUAAAUUGCUUUAUUAACAAGCAGAGAACACAUGCAAUGAACAUUCACACAGGAGCUGCUGUCAGCCAUUCUCUACACUGCUAACCUGCUGCUAGCACUCAGUUACAGUCAACUCUAGCUAGCUGACGUCACAAACGUCACUUCCCAGGGCCUGCUUCUUAAAGGUGCACACAUGUCAGAUACUGUAUUACACUUUAGAUCACGUCUUUUGAAUGCCUUAUAUUUCUAUUUUCUUUCAUUUAGCCAUUUUUAUGCUUGAAUAUGCUUAAUUUAGGUAAUGAAUAUGUAUAAUUUGCUUAAAUAUUUUGUAAAAAAAACUAAUAAUAGACCAUAUUCAACCACAAAACAGCGAUCAUUUAUAAAUUUAUGAAAAACUACGAUAGGGUGAGGGCG